CUGUGCUUUGAAAAGGGGGAACGGAACAUCGAGAGGCCAUAUCAAAUAUCUGAUAGUGAGACAAAAAGGACGCCGAACACGGUGCCCUUCCCCAACAGUCACAGGAAAGCGAGCAGGAUUUCGGAUGUCUUUCGGAAGGAAUACGGGAAAUGGCCAGGGAUGGUGACUGAAGGGAUAACAUACCUGAGGUCGGCUUCCAACCUCAAAACCAGCAAAGAUGUCAAAGACCUCAUAAUGAAGAAUGGUCGAGUUUCUUAUCAACACAAGACAUGGGCGUCUAACCCUAGAGUACUCGACGAUCCAUACCACACCGCUUUUGUGCCAUAUCUCAGAGGCAUAUACAAAACAAACCUCGACUGUCAACCCCCUGAAAAAGACGGGCCUACCCAUAAUUUCACCAACCCUCCCUACUUUUCCUGCUCCAAGCCAUUCCCCAAUUCUCGAGCAUCCAAUUUAAGCGACGGAACGAGAGAACAAAUACGUAUUUGGUGUGAUGACGCGGAUGGCAAUGCGUAUAGCGAGCUGCAGCAGGUUCCCAAGAGGAGUCCUCUUCAGAGUUUCAACACGGACGCGGAGGUUCGCUGUCUACAGCGCUACAUUCAGCAGAACUGCUACGACAGUUACCGGAUUCCCAACAUCGUUCACCUCAUCUGGUUUGGGAAUGCGCAGCUAGACAUGCGCACCGCAGUGCCGUUUUAUAGUAUCUCCACCAUUCUGAAGCCGUGCCUCAUCCUCAUACACGGAGCACCCCUCAAGUAUAACUUCUACUGGGAUCUGUUCCUGCCUCACACCACCAAUGCUGUGAGCCUGAAGAAAGAGCAGCGGACUAAGAUGUUUGGGAUUCGCAUAGCCAAUGUGGGCAACCGGGCUGACAUCGCCAGGCUGGAAGUUCUCAGGGAUUUUGGUGGGAUAUAUCUGGACACAGACUCGUUGAUCUUAAAGCCUAUUGACAUUUUUCGAGCCACCAGUUUUGCCGCUGGGCUUGAGGGCAAUUUUCCGACGAUGUCAAACGCUUUGAUGUUGGCAGAGGCAAAUCACUCGCUUUUGACGCAUUGGCUUGACCACUACAAGACAUAUGACGGGAGGAACUGGGUGUCUCACUCCACUGUCUACCUCACCACUCUCACGAACACUUUUCCCAGGCUG